ACCGGGCCCAGAACAGAACACAAUACAAUAAUACGCCUGAAACACAAGACGGUGUUUGAUUGGCUGUGGGGUGGCUAACUCCAUUUUGGAAACAGCUGUUUGAGAAGUACCCUUCCCUCAUUGUUUCCCUGAGGUUCCCAGAGAAACAUCCCGCUUUCGGAUACUUUUUUAUCACUAAUCCAGACCAACGUCCUUAUAAGAUUUACUCUACGUGUUGCAGAUGAUCCCGGAAACUUAAUUGGUGUUUGAUCCGAUUGUAACAAGUAGAUAAGAAAGGCUUGCGAAUCAAGCAAAUCGAAUCACUGGACAUCCACAUCCUGGUAGAUUUGUUGGAGAGGACAAGGCUGCGGCUGCGAGACCUGGUGCAGCUGUGGAUAUGUUUUAGCCCUGCUCAUUCCUCUUUUUUCAAGCAGCAGAGACACAGCUGCCCUUGCCCCAUACCGACGGACACUGGGAACCACCAGUUGUACAGUGUUGUAGUCCCUGGCAGGAUCCAUGACCCAAUUUAAUAUGGGCUAAGAAGAAAAAGCCCGAGCAGGGAGGAAUCGAUAGCUAAUGUGUAAUGAGGUUUCUGGUCAUGGCCAGAUGAUGGAUGUGGAGACAACAACGUCGUACUCUGACUUCAUCAAUUGUGAUCGUACAGGCCGCAGGAACGCAGUACCUGACAUCCAGGGACAGGGGGCAGCAGCCAGCACCAGUGAAUUAACCAAAGGCAUGGAAGGGAUGGACCUGAAGGCUGCAGAAGGAGAGACUGGUGCAUCACCAGCCCCUGAGGGUGAAGGGUCAACCAGCCAAGAGGCCCAGGGAGUCAAGGGCCCAUCGUAAACCACCUCACAGGAGAGGAGAGAGGGACACAGACAGGAAGGGACAGCAGGAGACACAGAGAGAGGGGAUCUACUGGUUGUCCUGCCUGCCUGAAUCCUACUCCUCAACAGCGAUGACAUAAUCUCUCACUGUGUAGCUCUGAUGGAGCUUUGCUGGUCCAGUUGCAUGAUACUUCUUCUCCUUUAUCAAUUGGCAUUGUGGGAAAUGGAGUUGACAGAACUUGACAGUUGACAAGUAGGACUACAUCUGAUCCUGGCCUAUAGUUGCUGCUGGAAUACAGUGGUAAAGGAAAUGUUCUCAUAUCACUAUGAGAAAACACAGAACUUUGGACCGAACUCCCAUCAAGAAGAAGAGCUAUACAGAAUCUAUAAUCAUUUGUUACUCCUUUUGUUAUGUGUACGUUUGUGGCCCAGUUAAAAAUGUUCCUUAGUUUAUCCUUUCUUUUACAAGAACACAUGAAGUUGCAAUUACAAUGUACUGUAAUGGAGGUCAUAUUUACUUCAAAUGGUUCUCUGAUAUCUUUGUAAUUGGAAUUUCUUUGUGCAAUAAAAUGUGUAGUAAGUGCUA